AAAAAUGACGGGAGAGUUGAGGCGGACGGGGAAGAAAGAACAAGCGGGAGAGAGUUCAUGCUUGCAAGCAAAGGGGGGGAAAAAAGAAGAGGAAAGCCGAAUUCAGGCGUUUUUUUUUUAAUUCCUUCUUUUUCUUUUUCUGAUUUUCAUCAUUCGGGUUAGAGACUUUUUGCAUCUUCAGACCGACAACUUCUCUCUCAAUCUUCUCCCUGUCUCCUCGGAUUUAUCGGAUAUCGAUUCCGAUCAUCGCUCCGACUCCCUUUGUCUCGGCUGCUCAGACAUGGACAACGAGGUUGUUCAGAGAGUUUUCCAGGAGGGAGGCCGAGAUUUCUUCCCGCAACAACCUUCCACUUCUUCUUCGUCUUCUUCGAUUCUUCAAUCUCUUCCUCUCCACGUGUCCUUCGAUCAUGGGUAUUACCUGUUGGUGAAGUCUAUUCAAGAACUCAGAGAGAAGAAGGACGGCAUUGUUACGGUUGGCAUUGGUGGGCCUAGUGGCUCGGGUAAAACAAGCUUGGCGGAGAAGGUUGCAUCUGUAAUUGGAUGCACUGUGAUCGCCAUGGAGGAUUACCGUGAUGGUAUAGACGACGGAAAUGAACUGGAGACGUUAGAUUUUGAUGCAUUAGUGCAGAAUCUGGAGGAUUUGAUAAAAGGAAAAGACACUCUAGUCCCAGUGUUUGAUUUCCAACAAAAGAGGCGUGUUGGUUCGAAAACCGUGAAGACGUCAUCUGGAGUGGUGAUUGUUGAUGGGACUUAUGCUCUUCACGCACGAUUGCGUUCCUUGCUGGAUAUUCGUGUUGCGGUGGUUGGUGGCGUUCAUUUUAGCCUUCUCUCAAAAGUGCGCUAUGAUAUCGGUGACUCGUGUUCGCUUGAUUACCUUAUUGACAGCAUAUUCCCGUUGUUUAGAAAACAUAUCGAGCCAGAUCUUCAUCACGCACAGAUCAGAAUCAAUAACAGUUUCGUCUCAUCAUUUCGAGAAGCCAUCUACAAGUUGAAAUGCAAAAGCGAGACAACGGAUGCAGCAACUUCGUAUGCUCUUCAAGGAGGUGGCGUGCAGAAGGAUAAUUUUAUUGAGAUGUACCUCAGACCCCCUUCUGCAAGUGAAGAGGCACGAAUAAAUGAUUGGAUAAAAGUUCGUCAGGCUGGUAUAAGGUACUAUCUGUCACUUGGAGAUCAAAGGAUUGUCGACAAGCAUUUCAUUAUCCGCCCGAAAGCUGAGUUUGAGGUGGGACGGAUGACACUUGGAGGGUUGCUAGCAUUGGGCUACAAUGUUGUAGUAAGUUAUAAGCGUGCUUCAGCAUCUGUCACUUAUGGUAAUUUAUCCCUGUCAUUUGAGACGAUUGACACUCUUGGAGAGACAUUCCUGGUGCUGAGAGGGACGAAUAGGAAGAUUGUUGGAGCUGAAGCUUUGAAGAGGAGUAUUAAUGGACCAUGGAUCACCAAAUCAUAUCUGGAACUGAUUCUUGAGAGGAAAGGUGUACCACGCUUGAAUACACCGCCACUUUUGCAUCCUUCCCCUGCAGCUGCUAAUCCGGAAAAACAAAUUGUUGCACCAAAGCCAAUCCGCACUACUCGUAACAUUGUUACCCGCCUUGAGGAUUUAUCUCAGCCUUGGACUCGAUCUCCUACCAAAUCCCAAAUGGAACCAGUGGUUGCAACUUGGCAUUUCACCUCAUCUGAUGCACCAUGUUCUGUAAGCUCUGUUGUAGAUUCCUCUUUCAGGGAUGAGAUAAGACUUGUUCCAAUGCCUGAUUCGUACGACUUGGAUAGAGGAUUGCUUCUUUCUGUUCAAGCAAUACAGGCAUUAUUAGAGAAUAAAGGGCCUCCGGUUAUUGUUGGAAUAGGGGGUCCAAGUGGAUCUGGUAAGACUAGCCUAGCUCAUAAAAUGGCAAAUAUCGUUGGCUGUGAAGUGGUUUCCCUGGAAAGUUACUUCAAGUCCGAACAACUCAAAGAUUAUAAGCAUGACGACUUUAGUUCCCUUGAUCUGCCUUUACUUUCUAAGAACAUUGCUGACUUAAAGAACGGGCGAAGAACAAAAAUUCCUGUUUUUGAUUUGGAAACUGGCACCAGAUGUGGCUUUAAGGAACUUGAAGUUCCUGAAGAGUGCGGUGUGAUCAUAUUUGAGGGUGUUUAUGCAUUACAUCCCGAAAUCCGGCAGUCCCUUGACCUUUGGGUUGCUGUUGUGGGAGGUGUUCAUUCACAUCUUAUCUCUAGGGUCCAGAGAGACAAAAGCCGGGUCGGUUGUUUCAUGUCUCAGAAUGAGAUAAUGAUGACCGUUUUUCCUAUGUUUCAACAGCAUAUCGAGCCACAUCUUGUGCAUGCACACGUCAAGAUCCGAAAUGAUUUUGAUCCCGUGCUUUCUCCCGAAAGUUCCCUGUUCGUAUUGAAGAGCAACAAACAAGUUCCCUAUCAGGAUAUUAUCAGCAUCCUCGAUUCCACAAAAUUCUGCAGUUCUGUUCAGAAUUUUAUCGAUAUAUAUCUCAGGCUCUCUGGACUCCCUGCGAAUGGUCAGUUGUCAGAUAGUGACUGCAUACGUGUCAGGAUUUGCGAGGGCAGGUUCGCAUUGCUUAUACGUGAGCCAAUUAGGGAAGGGAACUUCAUCAUUCAGCCCAAAGUAGAUUUCGAUAUAAGCAUAAGUACUGUGGCGGGUCUUCUUAAUCUCGGGUACCAAGCAGUGGCUUAUAUAGAAGCAUCUGCUUUCAUCUAUCAAGAUGGGAAGAUGCUGAUAGAGGUGGAUCACCUGCAAGAUGUGCAGAGUCCGUACAUACAGAUAAAAGGGGUGAAGAAAGAGGCAGUGUUGGCAGCAGGUGCAGCUCUCAAACUCGAUGGUUCAUACACAACAAAGAGUUAUCUGCAAAUAAUAGUGGAGAGAGUGGCCCCCGUAGAUAGGAGUUGGACAGGAAUACAUACACAACAGGCGGCAAGGCUACAGGAACUGGUGGACUUCAUUCAGUCUCAGGCAAGUAGUAGUAAAAACAGAGCGUCUUCGACGUUAGAAGGGGUGGUGGAGGAAAUGGAGUCCCGCAUCAAAAGGCUAGAGCGUUGGCACACCAUCAACACCGUGCUAUGGACGUUCUUGAUGUCGGCGCUUGUUGGUUACUCUCUUUACCAGAGGAAGCGACACUGACCCCUUCCCCCCUCUUCCUUUGUCCCUUACUACUUAUUUCUUUCUACAUAUAUAAUUAUGGCCUUCCCCUUACAGAGAGAUCCAGAAGAAGAUCCCAUCCCUCUCCCUCAUCAUAUUCCUACCCCCCACACCCCCUAAAUUUAGUAAUAUAUAUACAUACAUACACACACGCGUUAGCUUGACCUCCCUUGUAUGUUCUAUCCUACGGAAGAGGUUUUCCUCCAAAUGUUGUACCCUGCAACCCCUCACCCCAUUUUUAUACGUAAACCCUAAUAAGGAAAGGUAAGAACAUUUUGAUUUGCUAUUUUGGGGGGUGCCCUUGUCUUUUUGCUCUCUCCAUUUUAUGCCUGCUCUCUAACUAUCUUGUUAGUGUUUUAUUUACUAGAGGCCCUUUAAUUCAGCAAUCCACCUGAAUGCAUUACAAAAAAACAUUGAGGUAAAUGGAAGUCCAACAUUACCUGUCAUCCUGGAUUUUGAGAUGAGUUUCAAUGUCAUUUAGAACCCGAGGUAGAACUAUGGGCCAGGCUUAUUUGCAUAGUGGUCCAAUAUGAAUCCUGAUAUAUAGAACUCUAGGCCAGGCUUAUUUGCAUAAUGGGCCGAGAUGAAGCCCAAAAUAUGUCCGUAAAGAGUCCCACCUACAGGGUUUCUAUUCCUAACAUUGGAACCCUGCAACAUAAAAUCCAACGUCACACCAUUAAACUCGGAACCUUUAGAGAAAUUCGGCGUCCUGUUCCAGAAAAUCUUAUGGCCGGUAUUCUCCUCCCGGAGGAAUCGUGUUUUACCGGCGUGUUUGCGUCGAGUUGACCGUCUCUCUGAUCGGUGAUCUAUCUCUCAAGGCACUGGGGACUGAUUUCAAAGUAAAAUGCAUCUAACGGGCCUUUUGGUGACGGGGCUGGUUUUGUUUUUUGUUUUUGAUGAAUUUUUGCAAGACCUAAGUGGUUAUUUUCGUUCGAAUUUUGAAAAUUUGGUGCCACAAUUUCUCUGGUGAGCGGGAAUCGCCUUUUCUCUGUAAAUCCAUUUUUCUGACGAUAGAGAGGAGAGAGAGAUGAGAGGCGGCGGACGGAGUACGGCGAUGGACGCGGCGGUGGAGCAGCGCUAGCUAGGGAACUCACCAGUUUCUGAUGUCAGCUUUGCGAGCAGCCGUCCGUCAUCAGUGGGUAUGGGUCGAGCUUCCGUUGCUUCAGAUGUCUACUCCGACAGAUCUAACCAGGCAUCGGCGAUUCGAGCCAUCAACGCUUUCCUCUCUUCCCAAUCCUUCCCACCCACCCUCCGCACUCACCCCAUCCCUUCCCUCCAGGAUAUCUCCGAAACCCUAAAGUUCCUCAUCUACGCCGUCGAUUUCCCCUGCGAUGCUCGCAAAUGGGACGACGUUCUCGUUUUCCUUCUCAAAUCCCUUCACUGCCCCUUCAAGCUCACCAAAUCUACACUCCGUGCUCCCAACACCCCUCACAACUGGCCCUCUGUUCUCGCUGUCAUCUACUGGUUGUUCCAGCUUGCUCUCUGCCGCCACCACUUGUCUUCCAACUCCUCCUCCUUCCUCGAAGCCAACUCCAUGAAUUCCUACGCCGUCGACAGCUAUCGCCACUACAUUCGCGGCGAGGAUGACUUGGUUGGUGAUUUGGACGCUGACUUUCUGGGGAAGCUGGAGGGGGAGAAGAGCAGUGUGGCGGAGACCAUCAUCUGAGAAGUCUGCCACCGAGUUGGAGGCUAAAUUGGAGGCUCUGAGGAAAGGCCCAUCUAAGAAGGAGGCUCUAGAGAAAGUAAAGGCUGACCUGGAAGGGGAUGCCAACAAGUUCCGCACCAUCAUCGGGGAAUAUACUGCCCGGAAUUCAGAGAUCGAGAGAGUUCUGGAAGAGAAACACAAGGAACUAAAUGUCAAGCAGGGGGAGAGACAGCGGGUGUGCGAGGGGAUUGAAGGGCUGAAGAAGAGGGUUGAGCUUCAGAGUUUCAAUGCAAGGGACGCAGAGAGGAUGAAAAGGGAGUUGCAAGCAUGAUAGGGAUAUCGCCGAGGCUGAGGUUGCCAGGGACGCUUGGGAGCAGAAAGCUUGGGAACUCAACACCCAGAUCCGGAAUCAAAUGCACGAGCUUCAGACUCUUGCCAUGGAUUGCAACCAAGCUUUCAGAAGAUUGAAGAUUAACAUCCAGUACAAUUUAAACGAGAAGGGGUCAACACCUGCAGAGGUGAUGGGCGUCGACUACAAAAACAUGGUGAAGCCUGCUUUGAUGUCCUUUGCUGAUGAGAUAAACAAGAACUCCAUGGGGAGGCUGGAGGAGCUGGUCAGCCUUCAACAUCAAUCCUCUGAAAUUGCUUCUAAGAUCACAAACAAAGAGACCCUUCUUGCGUCGCUUCAGUCGCAGAUUGAUGAA